UCCUUAAAUCGCAUUUUUAUCAUGGCAAGCACUGAGCAGGAGAGCGUCUUCACAAAGGAAGAAGAGACCGAUGUCCACUUUGAGCCCGUUAUCAAGCUCACUGAGCAGGUGGACACGAAAACAAUGGAGGAGGACGAGGAUGUGCUCUUCAGGAUGCGCGCAAAGCUCUUCAGAUUCGAUAUUUCGUCAUCAGAGUGGAAGGAGCGGGGCACCGGCGAUGUCCGUUUAUUGGCCCACAAGGAGACCAAGAAAGUCAGACUCGUGAUGAGACGUGAUAAGACGCUCAAAGUCUGCGCCAAUCACGCCAUCACAUCCGAUAUGCGCCUCCAACCGAAUAUCGGAUCUGACCGUUCUUGGGUCUGGAAGGUUGCUGCAGAUUAUGCAGAGAGCCCUCCGACCGCUGAGACACUUGCUAUCCGAUUUGCUAACUCUGAGAAUGCUGGCCAAUUCAAGGAAAAGUUUGAAGGAGCGCAGAAGGCAAAUGCAUCUCUAUCUGCUGCUGCUGAAGCUGAGCCUGCCAAAGUUGAAGAGCUUGUGAAGGUGGAAGAGAAAGUGGAAAAAGCAUCGGAAGAGAAGAAGGAACAGACCGAGGAAGUAGAGGAAGAGAAGAAAGACGAGGACAAGAAAGAGGAUUAAUCCGAUGUCGACGAAAUGUAUAUCCCGUACGAACCUGUGAUUUUUACUAGUAUGAUCCAUUAACGUUGUGUGUUCUGCAAAGCGUCGUACUAAGUAUAUCAUUAAAUAUUACACUAAUGUCUACAAUCCAUAUGUACGCAAAUACAAUGUCCCCGCUACGAGCUUUCCUUUGCC